UGUUCUAAGAAGAAAGGAGCAUCAUACUCAAUAGGGGAAAGACCUUAGAGCGGAGGGGCGGAGAAUAUUUUCGGGGUAUUUUCGGAUAGUUGGCAGCACUGAUAUCUGUUCUACGGGGCGUGUAUCGCAGCUCCGGCGUUCAGUAACUCGCGCAAGACCGUUCCGCGCACGUCUCACGCGUUCGCCGUUUGCGCGUCCACAUUCGUUCAAAUAUCCGCGCGCCGAAAGUGUUCUCGGUUUACGAUGAAAAGUGUCGGUCAGUUUCUCCCGCCGGGAGACGUUGUUCGAAGUCGUGAGAAACGUGUCACUGUGACGUGUUGACGGGACGUGUCAGUGUGUGGUGGUGUGCUAGGAUACACGGGGAUCAAAUGUCGCGGUGCUGUGUUAUCGGGCUGACAGUUUUCAUCGCUAUCACGACGUGUAGUGACCAGGAAAACAACGAUAUCGGGAUUAUUGAUACCUAUGAUGAUAAAGUGCCAAUCUCAGACACGCGGGCGGUUGCAGGAGGUGUGGCAAAAAUCCCGUGCGACGUGGCAACACAGCUGAAGGACGACAGAGUCCAUCUGGUGCUCUGGUACAAAGAGGGAGAGAAAGGAAUGGGUGUGCGCAUCCCUCUCACUCCCAUCUACAGUUUCGAUGGAAGAGACGGGGCGGAGGACGAGGCCGCUCAACACUGGACGGACACCGCGUCGCUCGGUUCGCGCGCUUUUUUCAACGUGAAGGAAUCUCCCGCCAAACUCACCAUAGACGGUGUCAAGGACAAAGAUGGCGGCGUGUACCGGUGUAGGGUGGACUUUCGGAAAUCACCCACUCGGAACUCUAGGGUCAACCUCACCGUUAUAAUUCCACCUGAACGCCUGAGUGUGGUGGAUGAGAAUGGAGACCAUAUCCAGCACUACAUCUUGGGACCGUAUAGCGAGGGAGCCUCCCUGGACCUCGCCUGUAUAGCAACUGGAGGUCGACCCACGCCACGUGUGACGUGGUGGCAGGAGAACGCACUGCUGGACGACACGUGGGAGCUGAUGUCGGAGCGACGCGUGCGUAACGUGUUGCGUGUGGAGAAACUGCAGCGUCGGCAUCUCCACGCCGUCUUCACGUGUCAGGCGUCCAACAACGACCUUGUCGCUCCGAUCUCCAGUGCAGUCACGCUGGAUCUCAACCUGAACCCGUUAUGGGUGAAAAUACUGGGCGAGAACCGUCCUGUCUCAGCCAAUCACUCGCAAGAAGUGAGAUGCGAAGUAGCUGGAGCGAGACCAGCUCCACAUAUACGAUGGUGGAAGGGCUCUUUCUUACUCUACAAUGCCACGCAAGAGACCAGCUCUGACGGCAACCGUACGACAAGCACCCUUCAUUAUAUCCCCUCAAUGGAGGACUUUGGCGAGAAGCUGAUCUGCAAAGCUACGUCACCCUUCCUGAAGGAACCCUUCCAACAGGACUCCUGGACACUCAAUGUGCGCCAUGUUCCUGAGAUCACUCUGGAGGUCGGAGGUGGGACGAAUCUGUCUGCGAUAAAGGAGGGCGACGAUGUACAUCUAGAGUGCACAAUCAGAGCAAAUCCCUGGGUGUAUCGGGUCGCUUGGGAGCAUAAUGGCAAAACGCUGUACAGCAACGUGUCGGAUGGCGUGCAGGUGAACAAUCAAAGUCUGCUCAUCAGGAAUGUGACACGCAGUCACGCCGGGGUCUACACGUGUAUCGCCAGUAAUCAGGAGGGUGAUGGCCAGAGUAAUCAGCUCUUGCUAGAUGUCAAAUUUAAACCAGUUUGCAGACCCGGUCAACAAACGGUUUUAGGAGCGGCGCGGCUGGAAAAGACAGAAAUCGCAUGUGAAGUGGAAGCCAACCCAGUGGCAGUCAACUUCACAUGGGAAAUCCACCCAGGAGCCGGCGUCAACGGCUCCGUUGGUCCCGGCGCGGGCAAAAGCCGAGACAAGGUCGAGGAUAAAGUCGAGUUCGACGUGGAGAAGACACGCAGCACAGCCGUUGUGACGCCCGUCACUACGGCCGAUUUCGGGGAGUUCUCCUGUUGGGCAACUAACGUCAUUGGACGUCAGUUGGAGCCUUGCGUUUACAAGCUGAUACCAGCUGGUAGACCGGAAGCAGUGAGCAACUGCACAGUCCUAAAUCAGACGGAGGACUUGGUUGUGGUUGGGUGUUCGGCCGGCUUUGACGGAGGCCUGGGUCAGGCCUUCCAGCUGGAGCUGUAUGACGGCGCACAGCUCUUGCGCAAUGUCAGCAGUGCGCAUGCGCUGCCGCACUUCACUCUGCAGCCGCUGCCUGCCGCCGACUCGCGCCGUCUGCAGCUGCGAGUCUACGCCUUCAACCACAAGGGCCGCAGUCCCUAUGUCACCCUGCAGCUCCUUAACUCUAACCAUGCUGAGCGCAGAACUGCGGCGGUGACUGUGCAGUUCAUGCCUCUGAUCGGGGCAGUGUUGGGCAUUGUGGGAGCACUGGUCCUUAUCGUGGUGGCUGUGGCUUUGGCCAUCUACCUCAAAAGCCGCGAGAGUGCAGCACCGGCGAGCAAGCGAUCCACGCCCUCACUGGACUCGCUCGAGAAGAAUCCCGACAUCAUACCUCAGUGCAAUGAAUAUCAAACAUCCGCGGAAAAAGAUGUUGAUAAGCUACUCUCGUGCCCUGAAACUACGAAGCCAAAAUCUCCAUUUUUUGCCGAGAAAAAUCUGGAGGUGAUCCAGACUGAAUCCAUUCUUCCACACACUUCAUUCAUUCACGCAGAUUCAUCAUCAGCACUCCAUAUUCUUCAUCAGACUGACGACCCAGGCCAAGAAUUCAUGACCCUGGGCCCCUGGAGACACCCCCACCUCACCACCUCGGCGACCCCCUCUCCAGCCACAUCGACGCGUUUCUGACAUUCGGGCGUCGCGACGCUGCCGACGUCCGAAGAACACGACUGCACCGACAUCCAGCUAUGACCUGUCACCCUCAGGACAAGGUGCUAAGUACCCGAAAAUGACGUCAAGGUGACCUUUCACCCUCAGGACAACAGGACAAGUUGCUAAGUACCCGAUAAUCUCCAGUGUUGACAUAAUGACGUCACGUUUGGACUGUCACCCUCAGGACUAGGUGCUAAGUACCCAAAAAUGUCUAAUGUUGACAGAAUGACGUCAUGGUGUUGGACUGUCACCCUCAGGACAAGGUGCUAAGUACCCGAAGAUGUUGAUAGGAUGACGUCACAGUGACCUUUCAUCCUCAGGACAACAGGACAAGUUGCUAAGUACCCGAUAAUCUCUAGUGUUGACAUAAUGACGUCACGUUUGGACUGUCACCCUCAAGACUAGGUGCUAAGUACCCAAAAAUGUCCAGUGUUGACAUAAUGACGUCAGGUUUGGACUGUCACCCUCAGGACAAGGUGCUAAGUACCCAAAAAUGUCUAGUGUUGACAGUAUGACGUCGCAGUGACCUGUCACCCUUAGGACAAGUUGCUAAGUGCCCGAAUAUUUUAACCGAGUACUGAUUCACACAACCGUCAACCGUCAAUGAACCGUCAUCAAAUUAUUAUUGACAAUUGAC